ACGUGUGUGUGUCUGUUUCUUGUGUUGUUUCUCGCAGCUGACAUUUCUGAGGUUUCGUUUGCACAAUGCCACCGAAAAAACCAGCACCGGCUGCGCCUAGCAAAAAGGCAGAUGCCAAGAAGAAGGAGAAAGUCAUAGAGGACAAAACAUUCGGUUUGAAGAACAAAAAAGGCGCCAAGCAACAGAAAUUCAUCCAGCAAGUUGAAAAGCAGGUUAAAUUUGGAGGGAAUCCUAGCAACAGAAAGCUUGACGAUGCAAAGAAGGCCGAGCUGGAAAAGAAGAAAAAGGAGGACACCCUCGGCUUGCUCUUCAAACCCGUUGCCACGCAAAAAAUCGAAAAGGGAGCCGACCCAAAGUCCAUCUUGUGCGCGUUUUUCAAGCAAGGAACCUGCGGAAAGGGAGACAGGUGCAAGUUUUCUCACGACUUGACCAUCGAGCGAAAGGCUGAGAAGAGAAGUCUUUAUGUCGAUAUGAGAGAUGAUGAGAACAUGGACGAUUGGGACGAGGAAAAGCUGAAUGAGGUCGCGGAAAAGAAGCACGGAGAGGCUGACUUGGCCAGGCCCAACCAAACUGACAUUAUCUGCAGAUAUUUCUUGGAAGCCGUGGAGGUCAGCAAGUACGGCUGGUUCUGGGAAUGUCCAAAUGGUACAAAGUGCAUCUAUCGACACGCCCUGCCUCCUGGCUUCCAGCUCAAAAAGGACAAGAAGAAGGAAGAAAAGGCUGACAAGAUUUCCCUCGAGGAUUUGAUUGAGAAGGAGCGGGCUGCCUUAGGUGUCAAUCUGACUAGAGUCACGCUUGAAAGCUUCCUGUCUUGGAAAAAGAGAAAGCUUACGGAGAAAGCGAAAAAUGCCAAGAUGGAGGAGGACAAGAAGAGGCAAGAGUUCAAGGCUGGAAGACAAGUCGGGAUUUCUGGUCGUGAGAUGUUCGUGUUCAAUCCUGAACUGGCUAAGGAAGGUGACGAUGACUUUGAGGAAGGUGGCGAGGCAGUCGACUACCGACAGCUGUCCAAGGACGACGAGGAUGACGACGGAAUUGAAUACAAGGAAAUUGUUCUCGACGACAUUGCCCUUGAAGCGAGCGAAGUUGAUGGCACUGGAUCGGUGGCUCCUGAGAACAGGCUAGCUGACAUGGCGGCCCAGGCCAAGACAGUUUCCAAUGGCACUGCAGAAGACAAUCCUGGCGCCACGGCAGCAGCCAUCGACGAGAACCUAUUUUUGGACGAUGAUCUAGACGACCUGGACGAGGACCUUGAAAACUUAGACAUUUCAGAUAGUGAAUCAUAGCCCAGGUCAACCAAUUGAUGUGAGGAUCAAUUGAAAACAAGCUGCAACCGUUUAUUUGUGCAAAUUGGUUGAAAAUAUAAUAUUUCCUUUCAAUUCUAGAAACAA